AUGUCCGAUCACUCGACUCGGUCACUGGCUCAAUCGACACCAUCGUUUACUUUGCAAGGUGUUCGGCUACGCGCCAUCGAGAUUGCACAGUGGUUUGAGAUCGAUGAUUAUCUCUAUGACGGCGAUUAUGCCUAUGUACAUGGUCUAUCCGAUCGUUGUUUGGAGGAAUGGUCAAAGCUGAUCAAUAGCCCUUAUGCUCAGACGAUCACCAGCCUCACGUUUGGCUCAUACGUCGAUCUGUUACAGUACAACGAGGUCAUCUAUCCAAUGUUUCAAAUACAAUGGCGGCACGUCACGAGGUUCAAGAUCUAUGACAAUCCGCAUAGCGCGCAUGCAUCAUUCAGCCAGUCACUCAUGCAUAGAGGCACUAUAUUUGAAGAUAUGGUCGCGUGUGGCUUGCAUCAACUGCAGAAGUUCGUUCUGAUGCUCGAGGUCAACGACGUUGAUUUGUUAACCAAUGUCCACUUCGAUCAAAAGUUGCUGGCCUACCUCAAGAGCACAAAGACACUCAAGACAUUCAGGUACAAUCAGCAGAUGACACGCGAGACACUCGAGUUCCUCCUCCAAUCACCCGAGAGCACAAUCAGGAACCUGACCCUGGUGCAUUACGAUUGGUAUAGCAAUGACUAUCCAACGAUCUCCAAACACCUCCACAAGUUGUCCAUCGAGUUGGUCUAUGUUGAGGAAUCCAAUGAGCGGGCAUUAUUCAGCGACGAGUUCCUUAAGUCACUCAGCAAUGUGGACCACCUCAAGACCAACAUGUUGUUCCAAUGUUCGCGAAUGGUUGGCCUCAACAAAGGGUCCACAUCAAUAUCUUUACCAUUUGGCCUUAUCAGCGACAGUGUGUUUGAUGACCUGAUUGAACAACUCACCAACAACUCCACCAUCUCCUUCAUCUACAACUUUGCCACGACCAAUAUUGUCUAUCAUCUUAGGGAUUAUGCCAGCCAGGACCAAAGGCUGAUGCGCAUCAAGAAUGUAGUUGACUCUCAUCCAUCCAUCAUCAACAAGUCCACCUGGCACUGGCAACUCAAACCUGGAAGGAAUUAA